AUGAAACCACUGCAACAUAAGAGAUUGAUCGAGAAAGAGCUGGAAGGGUUCGGCAUUCGACUGAAUAAACAACCGCCGAAUAUCGUGUUCAAAAAGAAGGAUAAAGGAGGUCUUAAUUUAACGUGUUUGGUUCGUAUUUCAUCCUUAUUUUCAAUUUUUUCAUUGUUUUCAUUUUCAUUCAUUUUUUUCACAUUUUAUUCACAUAAUCGUAAUAAAAAUUUUAUCAGAGUUUUCACACAUAAAAUCAUUAUUGUAAUCGCUUAA